CCAGAGCCGAGCCGCUGGGGGAAGCGAGGCAUCUGUGCGCCCCCCAAGCGCGCUGCGCCCGUUCCUCCGGGGCCUGGGAGUCCGGCGAUGGCUCCUUCAUGGGGAUGAGCCAGCCGACCCAGGCGCCACCAGAGGGUUUCACUCACGCUGAUCUCGGCCCACAUUCCAGGAUGACUUAUUCUUGGGACCAGACCUGACCAGAAGUGGACCUCAUGAGCACAUCUGCCCCUCCAGCUGCCAUGCUCCUGCGGAGGCUGCGGAGGCUCUCCUGGGGCAGCACUGCUGUCCAACUCUUCAUCUUGACGGUGGUGACGUUUGGCCUGCUGGCCCCUCUGGCCUGUCACCGGCUUCUGCACUCUUACUUCUACCUGCGCCAUUGGCACCUGAACCAGAUGAGCCAAGAGUUCCUGCAGCAAAGCUUGAAAGAGGGGGAAGCUGCCCUCCACUACUUUGAGGAGCUGCCCUCUGCCAACGGCUCGGUGCCCAUCGUCUGGCAGGCCACUCCCCGCCCCUGGCUGGUCAUCACCAUCAUCACCGUGGACAGGCAGCCUGGCUUCCACUACGUCUUGCAGGUGGUGUCCCAGUUCCACCGCCUUCUGCAACAAUGUGGCCCGCAGUGUGAGGGGCACCAGCUCUUCUUGUGCAACGUGGAACGUAGUGUGAGCCAUUUUGAUGCCAAGCUUCUGUCCAAGUACGUUCCUGUGGCCAACCGCUAUGAGGGCACUGAAGACGAUUAUGGCGAUGACCCUUCAACCAACUCAUUUGAGAAAGAGAAGCAGGACUAUGUCUAUUGCCUGGAAUCUUCCCUGCAGACCUACAACCCAGAUUAUGUCCUGAUGGUAGAAGAUGAUGCUGUUCCAGAGGAGCAGAUCUUCCCCGUCUUGGAGCACCUUCUGCGGGCUCGCUUCUCCGAGCCGCACCUCAAAGAUGCCCUUUAUCUAAAGCUCUAUCAUCCCGAGAGGCUCCAGCACUACAUCAACCCAGAGCCCAUGCGGAUUCUGGAGUGGGUCGGUGUGGGCAUGUUGCUGGGGCCCUUGCUAACCUGGAUAUACAUGCGGUUUGCCAGCCGUCCGGGGUUUAGCUGGCCGGUCAUGCUCUUCUUCUCCCUGUAUAGCAUGGGUCUGGUAGAACUGGUGGGCCGGCACUACUUCCUGGAGCUGCGGCGACUGAGUCCUUCCCUGUACAGCGUGGUCCCUGCUUCAGAGUGCUGCACCCCAGCCAUGCUCUUCCCUGCCCCUGCGGCCCGCCGGACCCUCACCUACCUGUCCCAGGUGUACUGCCACAAGGGCUUCGGCAAGGACAUGGCACUGUACUCACUGCUGAGGGCCAAGGGGGAGCGGGCCUAUGUGGUGGAGCCCAAUCUCGUGAAACACAUCGGGCUGUUCUCCAGCCUGCGGUACAACUUCCACCCCAGCCUACUCUAGCAUGCCAAGAAAUGCCUUUCUGAAGUGGCCAUUCAAACAUUGAGCUCUUUUCUUGGACAUGGUUACUUGUGGAUAUUUCAUUGUUCAGUGUUGUAGGGAUGUGGGCACUGGGACAGCUGAGCGACAUACAAGUCCAGAACCUUGGCUUCGGUUACAGGCAGGAGCAGCAGGUCUCCACAGGUCCAGACCUCGCUCCCUCCACACAGCCACACUGCCUCAUGCAGCCUGACCCACCUACUGAGAGGGCUUUACAUACCAGUUACAUUAUCUGAUUGUUUCAGCUCUCCUUUAUCGUAGAGCUCUUGACUGCCAAAAAAACUGUGUACAGUGAUGUGUCUAUUGUAGGAAUUUAAGGGUAGCAUUUGGUGAAAGGUGAGAGCCUUUUGAUUAAUUUCUUUCUCACUGGGCAUGAGAAUGGAUGUAUAUUUGGAGUAUAUGUCCAAAGAGGCAGGGUCAUGUUGAUAGAUUCCAUUUGUUUCCUUGACCUGGUGUAAUCAAAGCCGUGUGGUGCCAGCGUCUUAGAGGCAGGACAUCUGGCUUCUGUUAGCUGGCAUUUUCCUUUCCACACAUCUGUGGUGCACUGAUAAUCAGUAUUGUUAGUGAAAGCUUCAAGGCACAGCAAGAUCUGGGAGUGCCUUCUGGGUUGUCGAAGUCAGAUUAUGUUCAGUAGUAAUUUAAUAUUUAAUAUUUCUAUCAUAUUCUGAUUAUUUGAAAAUUGGAUUUUGCAGAAUGAUAAAGAAUGGGUGAGUUCUUUGCUAAUAGCGUAACUUUUCCCUAACUUUGCCGGCUAACCACACACCCUCAUUUCUCUUCUUCAAGGUAGUAUGAAGUUACAGAAGAAAAAGCGUGGACUGUGGAGUCAGAAGACCUGAAUUUUUAUGUCCGACCUCUGCCAUGUGCUAGUAAUGUAAACUUGGGCAAGUCAUAACCACUUUGAGUCUCAGUUUCUUCACCUGUAAAAUGGAGACAGUGAUGCCAACCUUUUAAACUUGCCUUGAGGAUAAAAUGACAAUGUAUGUAAAACACCUAGCAAGUGCUUACCCCACAGGAAGUGCUGGUCAAAUAUUAGUUCUUUUCUCCCCUGUAAUAAGCACAAAAACUCGAAUAUAUUUUGAAUGAAGAUCUUACUGAUACUGUGUAAAGUAUGAGGUAGGGCAUAGGGCUGACGCUCUGGAGCAGCCAUUUCAGGACCAAACCCCGCUGGCAUAAAGGCUGACUUUUCCCUGUGACUUUGACGGGUAUGCAGCUCAGCUUUCAUCUAGCCCCGCCUCCAGCCAAGCCACAAAAUACUGUUCACUCAAACUGGAGAUGAUCUGAGACUCCUCUUGAGCUGAGUCCCAGACCAGCUUUUCUCAAAAGUUACAAAUAAAUGUCCUUUGAUGAAACUUAUCAAGCCAGUGGCCAGCAAGCCCCUUAUGAGGAUGGGUGAUUGUACCUGUUUCCAUGCCACGACUUCCGUUUGCUUUUGAAUUCCCACAUGAGCUCCCUUUGCUUUUCCACCCAUGAACUCUGAGAAGGUGUUGGGGCUCCUCACCAGGCAGAUGAACAGACUGAGGCCCAGAGAUGUUAGACCACUUCUCCAGGUUCACACUGCUGAACAGCCACAGAGCCAGGUCUGGAAUGUAGCUCUUCUGACUUCCGGUCCCUGUACUUUUUUUUUAACCACAUCUAUGUAGUCAAAUUCUUUUUUGUAAAAUCUGAUGGUAACCUGGACUGUAUGCUAAGAUGGUGGAAACUCAUUGUCAUGUUGGUCAUGUUAGUGUGUGUUGUGUUGUUCUCGUGAGCUGUCUGUAUCUCCUGGAAUGUCCAAAGUGAUCAGAGUUAUUAGAGGACUUAGUGAGAUGUUCGAUUCUACUCCUUCCUUCUGCCCCUCCCAGGAACUGUUACAUCCUCAUGUUUGAGAACAGCAACACCCCCAACCUAGAACUCUAAAAUUAGAGUUUGUUGCAUUCAUGAUUGGAUCUCCUCAUGAAAAUUUGUCGGUUAAUAACAGAAGAAUCACAUCCAAACUAGCCAAGCCCAAGAUAGGGAAUCAUUGCUGGUUUACAUUUCUGCUCUUUCUAAAUCAGUUGUCUACUGCAUGCAGACAUCCCUUCCCUUAACUCUCUCAUUCUGGAUGGCCCAGGCCAUAUUUGCCCUGUCUAAUAAUUUCAUUACCUACACACUAAGACGUCUUCCCCCCUGAUGUAACUAGAGCCUGCCAUCCUUGGACAUUUUCUGCAGAUGCAGGCUCUUCCCUUCUAUCCCCACCCAGUUCUAGAUCUUCCUCCCUUCUGUCCCUCAAGAGUCCAGUUUUUGUAUGCUGCCCUUGAUUAGGACAGCUGACAGCUUUACACCAAAGCUGAAGUCUGUCAUUUAAUCUGAAGCAAGAGGGCUAGAGGAGAAUUAAAGUCCUCCUCCCACAUCAAGGGACAUGAGUCACCAAGAGGACAAAGGUCUCGACUUUUCCCUCACCUUUCAGAGUUUAAAUCACUGUCAGGCCUAAGAAGCUCCCUAUUGCGACUAAGUGUAUUUGCAUAGACAUAUCAGUUCAAAUAAAAGCACCUGCUCCACUGA